AUGGAGAACGGCACCAGGAUCUGCGAAGAAGAGCGCCCACCUGAGGUCCAGGAGACGACAGUCACCGAAGGGGCUGCCAAGAUCGCCUUCCCCAGUGCUAAUGAAGUCUUCUACAAUCCUGUGCAGGAGUUUAACCGGGAUCUAACAUGUGCUGUAAUCACCGAGUUUGCACGCAUUCAGCUUCAGACCAAAGGAAUCCAGAUCAAGGUGCCAGGAGAGAAAGAUGUGCAAAAGGUGGUUGUGGACUUGUCAGAACAAGAGGAGGACAAGACUGAAUCAAAAGAGAGCGAAAACCUGGCCUCAGGAGGCCAGCCCCGGACAGCAGUCGUGAGAGAGAUCUGUGAGGAGGGUCUGUGGGUGCUGGAGGGCCUGGCAGCCUCUGGCCUGCGUUCCAUACGUUUCGCCCAAGAGGUUCCUGGACUUCGAUCUGUAGUUGCAAACGAUGCCUCCGCCCGGGCUGUGGACCUCAUACGCCGCAAUGUGCAGCUCAACGAAGUGGCCCACCUGGUACAGCCCAGCCAAGCGGAUGCCCGGAUACUGAUGUACCAGCACCAGAGGGUACCAGAACGCUUUGAUGUCAUCGACCUGGACCCGUAUGGUAGCCCUGCUCCCUUCCUGGAUGCAGCGGUCCAGGCUGUCAGCGAAGGAGGGCUGUUGUGUGUGACCUGCACAGACAUGGCGGUGCUGGCUGGAAACAGUGGGGAGACCUGCUACAGCAAGUACGGGUCCAUGGCCCUCAAGAGUCGUGCUUGCCACGAGAUGGCUCUGAGGAUUGUCCUGCACAGCCUUGACCUCCGGGCCAACUGCUAUCAGCGCUUCAUCGUGCCACUGCUCAGCAUUAGUGUGGACUUCUACGUGCGAGUCUUUGUCCGGGUCUUCACAGGGCAGGCUAAGGUCAAGGCUUCAGCUAGCAAGCAGGCACUGGUGUUCCAGUGUGUGGGCUGUGGGGCCUUCCACCUCCAGCGCCUUGGCAGAGCAUCAGGAGCAUCCGGGAGCCGAGUCAAGUUCUCUGCAGCCUGUGGUCCCCCUGUGGCUCCUGAGUGUGAGCACUGUGGACAGAGACACCAGCUCGGUGGCCCUAUAUGGGCAGAGCCCAUCCAUGAUCUGGACUUCAUAGGCCAUGUCCUGGAGGCUGUGAGCACCAACCCUGGCCGCUUCCAUACCUCUGAGCGGAUCCGUGGGGUCCUAAGUGUCGUCAGCGAGGAGCUCCCGGAUGUGCCCCUCUACUACACGUUGGACCAACUGAGUAGUACCAUCCACUGCAACACACCCAGCCUCCUCCAGCUGCGGUCGGCCCUCCUCCAUGCUGGCUUCAGGGUCUCCCUCUCCCACGCCUGUAAGAACGCUGUGAAGACUGACGCCUCCACCUCGGCUCUCUGGGAUAUCAUGCGUUGCUGGGAAAAGGAGUGUCCAGUAAAACGGGAGCGGCUGUCAGAGACCAGCCCAGCAUUCCGCAUUCUCAGUCUGGAGCCCAGACUGCAGGCCAACUUCACCAUCCGAGAAGAUGCCAAUCCCAGCUCCCGUCAGCGAGGACUCAAGCGCUUCCAGGCCAACCCUGAGGCCAACUGGGGUCCCAGGCCCCGUGCUCGGCCAGGGUAA